AUGUCCGUGGAGCUCGAGGAGGCCCUGCCGCUGACCACCGCCGACGGAGCGGCCAAGAGGGCGGCCAAAGCCAGCGGCUCGGCGGCGCCGUCCCCAUCCAAGAAGAGGAAGAACAAGAAGAAGAAUCAGCCGGGCAAGUACAGCCAGCUGGUGGUGGAGACCAUCCGCAGGCUGGGCGAGCGCAACGGCUCGUCGCUGGCCAAGAUCUACACGGAGGCCAAGAAGGUGCCGUGGUUCGACCAGCAGAAUGGGCGCACCUACCUGAAGUAUUCCAUCAAGGCCCUGGUGCAGAACGACACGCUCCUGCAGGUGAAGGGCACCGGCGCCAACGGCUCCUUCAAGCUCAACCGCAAGAAGGUGGAGGGCGGCGGCGAGCGGCGCGGGGGCUCGGCGGCCGCCGCCGCCCCGGCCGCAGCCGCGCACAAGGCCAAGAAGGCGGCCCCGGCCGCGGCCCCCCGGCGCGCGGACCCGAAGCCCGAGAAGCGCUCGCACAAGAAGGGCGCCGCCUCCCAGAAGCACAAAGGCGGCAAGGCCAAGAAGGCGGCGGCGGCCGCGGCCGCGGGCAAGGUGAAGAAGGCCGCCAAGCCCAGCGUCCCCAAGGUGCCCAAGGGCCGCAAGUGA